GUGUGUUUGGAGACGUCAACACUUUUCCUCGAGCACCUCUGAUCAUUCCCACCUCGUUCACUGCAUCUGUAAGCUGUUUCAUGGAGCAGCGGCGGGGAAAUCAUCAUUAAGCUCUGUAAUUAUUACAGGUCGAGCGGAUCGUGUGAGUUUGUGGGCAGAUUUGGGUUCAGGUUUGAUGAUGAUGACGAUGGCAGCAGCAAGCAAUGAGAGUCCUAACAGAGGCACCGAAGAUAAAACAUCCGCUCGAAGACAGAAUGAAGUCAACAAGAAGUUGAAGUACAUCAGUUUGGCGAUUCUGGUGAUUCAGAAUGCAUCGCUCAUCCUCAGCAUCCGUUAUGUGCGGACGUUGCCAGGAGAUCAUUUCUACACUACAUCAGCCGUGGUGAUGGCAGAGGUUCUUAAAGUCCUCACCUGUAUGGUAAUCAUCCUGAUACAGAAGAGAGGUAAUGUGAAGUCCUUUAUAUCGUUGUUGUAUGACUCUAUAGUCGUACAGUAUUUGGACACACUGAAGUUAGCAGUUCCGUCACUCAUCUACACUUUACAAAACAACCUGCAGUAUGUGGCCAUUUCCAAUUUACCAGCAGCCACUUUCCAGGUCACAUAUCAGCUGAAGAUCUUGACCACAGCAUUGUUUUCAGUGCUCAUGCUGCGCAAGAGUCUGUCUAAAAUGCAGUGGAUCUCGCUAGUUCUGCUGUUCACCGGUGUGGCAAUCGUUCAGGUGGAGCAGGAGAGCGGAAAACAGAAGGAGGCUGUGAUCACCACCAACCAGAACUACUUCAAGGGCCUGGUGUCCGUGAUAAUCUCGUGCUUGUCCUCCGGGUUUGCUGGCGUUUACUUCGAGAAGAUCUUGAAGGGCAGCUCGGCCUCGGUGUGGAUGAGAAACAUCCAGCUCGGGAUCUUCGGAACUCUUUUGGGUCUCCUCGGCAUGUGGUGGAAUGACGGCGCCGCUAUUGCCGAAAAAGGCUUUCUGUUCGGCUACACGCCCAUGGUGUGGGGCGUCAUCUUCAACCAGGCCUUCGGCGGCCUCCUGGUAGCUGUCGUCGUAAAAUACGCGGACAACAUUCUCAAAGGCUUCGCCACCUCUUUUUCCAUUAUUGUGUCCACGAUCACGUCCGUCUACCUCUUUGGCUUCCAUGUGGACCUGAUCUUCACGCUGGGCGCGGGAUUGGUCAUAGGAGCCGUGUAUAUGUACAGUCUCCCCAAACCAAACACCAGCACUUCCAGCACCAGCACGUCUUCAUCUAGUCACAGCAAAGGAGGAGACUCGGAGCUGGAUGCUUUCCUCCCAAAUCCCAAGGCUCCAGGAAAGAAGAAAGGAAAUUGAAGAAACAUGAUAAAUAUGAAAAGAUGAUGAGAACACAUUGUGCCUACAGGUCCUACACUCCUGCCCUGUUUCCAAAGGAAAAGAUGAGGGUUGUAUUUCAAGUGCCUUAUUAUGCUCACAAUAUUGAACUCAGUUAUGAAAGAUGGUACGUCUAAACUAAACUGUGCUGACUUGCUUUAUGGAACCUCAUAUUUAUGCUGAUACCUCACUGUUGUUAUGCAUCUGAUAUUGCGAUCAACUGAAUUUAUAAUACUAAUGUAGACUGAUUGUGUUUGUUUUGUAUGUUGGAACUGGAAAAGCCUCAUCACACUUGGAAUUCAACAGGUCCUGCUUUAUAAGGAAAUAAUUUCUAGGUUUCUUAGUAUAGUAUUGCUUUUUUACUAAAUAAGUGUUUUGACAUACAGUGUGUUAAUUAAUGCUUUUUGUAAUAGUGCCUUAUACAUUUCAACUGUUUUAUGUGUGAAAGAGUAUCACAUACACUACCAGUCAAGUUUUUGAACAGUAAGAUUUUUAAUGUUUUUAAAGAAGUCUCUUCUGCUCAACAAGCCUGCAUUUAUUUGAUCCACAGUAAAAACAGUAGUAUUGUGAAAUAUUUGUACUAUUUAAAAUAAUUGUUUUCUAUUUGAAUAUUUAUUAAAAUGUAAUUUAUUCCUGUGAUCAAAACCAAAAUUUUUAGCAUUAUUACUCCAGUCUUGUGUCACAUGAUCCUUCAAAAAUAUGCUGACUUGCUGUUCAAGAAACAUUAUUAUUUAUUUAUUAUUAUUAUUAUUUUAUUAUCAAUAUUUCAAACAGUUGUAUAAUUAUAGAAAUUAAUACUUUUACUUCACAAGGAUGCUUUAGAUUAAUCAUGAUAAUAAAGUCAUUUACAAUGUUACUAAAGAUUUCUAUUUUACAUAAAUACUGUUCUUCUGAACUUUCUAUUCAUCAAAGAAACCUAAAAAUAAUAAAAAUCUACUUAGCUGUUUUAACAUAAUAAUAAUUAUAAUAAAUGUUUUUUUUUUUUUUUUUUGAGCAGCAAUCAGAAUAUUAGAAUGAUUUCUGAAGGAUUCUGUGACUGGAGUAAUGAUACUAAAAUUCAGCUUUGAAAUCACAGAAAUAAAUUACGUUUUAAAAUAUAUUCAAAUAGAAAACAGUUAUUUUAAAUAGUACAAAAUAUUUCAAUAUCAUAAAUAGUGAAUUUUUUUCAAAAUUUUACUGGUUUUGCUGUACUUUGUAUCAAAUAAAUGCAGGCUUGUGUGAGCAAAAAACAUUAAAAAAAACCUUACUGUUCAACAACUGGUAGUGUAUAGAUAUAAAAAUCAAGCAAAUUUUAAUUUCUCCAAAGUGAACUUUCAGACUUAAACUCUAUUUUUAUGCUAUAUAUAUAUAUAUAUAUAUAUAUAUAUAUAUAUAUAUCAAUAAACCUUAGCCCACCUCAAUUUCUGACCUAAACGCAUUGUAUAUGCAGUCACUGUGUUCUUUUUAUACAAGUUUUGUUAAUAUAUCAAUAUUUUUACUGGCUGAGCAAUAAUGAAAUGUGAAAAGCGGUGGGCUCUUGAACAUAUAAUUGCCUUGUCAUUUCACUAUUUAAGUGAGCUGAUCUAAAACAAAACUAAAUGUUUGAUCUUUUCAGAAGAUUAAUAAUUAUAAU